GUCUAUUUGUUAUUACCUAUUACUGUCAGGCAAGUGAGGCAACACUGGUUGAUAUAAAUGGCUGUUGUGAGCUGCAACGACUUACAAGUGCCUGACCACAACGGCUCUGAAGAAACCUGGACCUCAGUAAGAUUUUCAAGACAAUGUGGGUCUCUGUGGCAGCUGUUUUAGCCUUUGUGACCUGUCUACCGAAUGAUAGCACAGCGGUAGCACUCGAACCGCACGGGCCAGUGCGCCCAGGGCCGCCUCCCCCACCACCUCCGCCGCCCAAGCCCAAGGGUCCGGCCAGGACGGUGCCCUGGCAGGUGAUGGUGUACCUGAACGAGGGGGAUUCCUAUGGGGGGCAUGGUGGUGGCGCAAUCCUCUCUGACCGUUGGGUGCUGACAUCUGGCAGGAACCUCUUCCUGAAGAAGGGCCACAAAGACACGCGUGGACAGCAGCCUCUUGUGCCAAAAGUCUACCUAGGCGUUGCUGUACCUGAGAACGUAGAGGCCUCCAAAGAGGCAGCUGUUGAGCGGAUAUUCUUGCACCCGGGGUUCCAAAACGCCUCAGACUUUGAAAAUGACCUUGCACUGAUCAAGCUGCAGGAGCCAUUGAAUUUUAACCAGACCUUGAUGCCCAUCCCUCUCCCAGAGCGAGGGGAAGACCAGGAGGAGAGGGCUGGAGAGGAGGCCAUCUUUGGUGCGUGGGACAUGGGGAUCAUGCGUUACCAGCCUAGUGUGGUCAAACACCUCAAGCUGCCCGUGGUGUCUCGUGAAGUAUGCCAUGCUGAGUAUCAGGCCGGUAGAGGCCCCAUUGUAAAUGCCAAUAUGUUCUGCACCAGCGCUGGUGAAUCCUUUAUCAACGUGUGCUUCAUGGAUGCGGGUAACAGCCUCGUGUUCCAGAAUCCAAAGACAAGGAGAGCUUACCUCGCAGGGAUCGUUUCUUUUGACAACGUGUGCGCGUUUAAGAAGUAUGCGGUUCACACCAGGAUCUCAACCUACCUGCCGUGGAUCCGUGACGUCAUGAGGGAAGACGAGGCGGUCUCGGCCCAAAGAGAAUCACUCGUUGCUGACCUGUAUUCUGGGAAGAUUUAGCCUGUUUGAGGAGUUUUGUUUCAUGUUUCUUUGUUGAACUGUUAUUGUUUGUCUUUGUGUCUCUCACUUCUCUGACUUGGUCAUUGUACAGUCUCUGCUUUUGCUGAGUGGCAACUCAAUAACUUAUAAUAAAUUGCACAACUCAUUUGAAACAGUU